GGCCCGCGGCUGAUGUAGGGCCGUGUACUGGCUGGUGGUUUAACUAAGGCAGGUUAUGGAAGGAGGUGAGUGAAGAGCUUGGGCUUGCACUGUUCCCAUGCUUAUGACGGUCUGAAUGGCAGCACCAAUGCAUCAGUCUCACAUUCCGCUAGCACCCACCCAACUUCCAGAGGCGACACGGCAUCUGCCGAGGGAGAGCCCCAAGUCGAAGCAUGCGAAGUCGAAAGUGCGGGCGAGUGCUGUGGCUGUCGUCCCUGUGAAGCAGGAGCCACAACAAACAGUGAUUCCUCGGGCUCCGCCAAUGUCGCGUGCAUGCCAGCCACAGGAAGACACUGAUCAGACACACUCGAGCAAGGCUACAUUGCUGCGCUAUGAUGCGAAGCCAAAGCCACAGCUCCCGCCAAAGCCACGACAACCACACCAGCAGCAGCAGCAGCAACAGCAGCAGCAGCAAGGGUACACACCGGACCUGGCACUGUCAGAGUCACAGAAGGAAGCACGAGCAGGGGUACAGCCUCACUUGUACCCACACGUGCAAUUGAAGUCAGGCGCUCCCCCUGCCCUGAAGCAGGAGCUACAGCAGGAGCCGAAGAAACGACCGCAAGGUGGGCCACAUUUGCCGGUUGGCUCGUCGACUCCCUGGCAGCCGCGUAUGCAAGUGCGAGGGCACCCAGCGUCAUCAUCAACCGUACAUUGCCAUUCACCAAGUCAGGCACAGCAACAACCUGCCCAACCACUACCUGUGACAGGGUCGAAUCCUGGCGUGCACAGCACAGCAAGUCGACCUGGGUCCCAACCGGGGUCCCAACCUGCCGAGUCCCAACCUGCGGGGUCUCAACCUGCUGGGUCGCAGGCUACUGGGUCCCCGUCCAGGUCUCAACCUGGGUCCCAAUCUGGGCCCCAAUAUGGGUUGCAACCUGCAUCCCAACCUGGAUCCCAAGCUGGGGCCCAAACUGCCCAAGUGGGGUCCCAACCAGCAAGUGGCCAGAUUCCAUCGGCGAACAACUCUACACCAGGUAAUGCUGCUGCUGCUGCUGCUGCUGCGGAGACGCCACCAGAGCGUGGCGGACAGAAGAUUUCAUGCGACGACAUCCAGCUGGUCCAGAAUCUGAUCGAACGGUGCCUGCAGCUUUAUCUGAAUCAGCGUGAGGUUAUCACUUCGCUCCAGUAUCAUGCGAAGAUAGGGCCUGAUUUCACUAGUCUGGUGUGGCAGAAGCUAGAAGAGCAGAAUCCGGAGUUCUUCAAAGCCUACUAUGUCCGUCUCAAACUUAAGGAGCAGAUUCACACUUUCAACAACCUGUUGGCAUGCCAGGUACAUAAGAUGGACCAGAUGCAACUGUCGUACAAGCAAGCAAUGCCUCAAGGCAAUGCACUUGCUCCAGCAACCGGUAUCCCAACGAACGGAGUCCGGGCGCAUGGGCCGAUCGCCCCUAUAGGAUAUCCAGCGAACCCCAUGCAAACAGGGAUAGGCACGCCACAUCGACUGCUGCCAAUGGCGCCGGCGACGGGGCAGCCUGUCGUGAACGGGACACCUGUGCCGGGUGCCUAUGUAGGCCCUGCACAAGCAUCCCCAGCUGCGAAUCCCAUGAUGGACAUCAUGAUCGGGUUGACGCCACCAAUGGGCGCAGCAGCAACGGGUAUUCCUGCUGUGAGCAGCGACGUAACGCUCGGUAGCAUGGGCCCGACGCCAGCACCUCCCAUGUCGAUGCCCACCGUCCAGGGAUUUCCCUUUGGGAACAUUGGCCCAGCUCCAGGGUCAGAUAUGGUGGGGAUUGGACUCGGUACUGCAUUGCCCUUGGAACAUGCAUAUGAGGCCUCUCUUACAGCAUCAGAUACGAGUACACCAAGUGCAAUGAAUAGCCUGUCGUUGACCAUGCCGGAGGCCGAGUCCCAGAAGGAAUCCCUGAGUUCGCUGGGCGCAUUGCCACGGAACUUCAGUCUGUCGGAUCUGGCUGGAGAGCUGAACAACAACAUGGGAUUGGAUGGGGGUCUUCUAGCGAGUCUGUCAGAUUCCUCACCUCUUCUGUCGCCAAAUUCCGAUGACUUCUUGCGAUCGCCGGACAAAGAUGAUCUCGACGACGAUCACUUGCUCGACUUCGACUGAUUUUUUUAAUGGAGAUCAGAAGGCUUAUAGCCUUACACACAUCGGGCACGUAUGUAUGCAGCGGAAAUCG